AUGAGACAAGGCAACAAUCAACGGCGCGGGCGUGGCCGCUCCGGGCGUAGGCCCAAUGUGCCCUCCCGCAAUCAGACCUUCGACAGCAACGGUCCCGAAGGGCGCGUGCGCGGCACGGCGCAGCAGGUGCACGACAAGUACCUGGCGCUCGCCCGUGACGCGCAGUCUUCCGGCGAUCGGGUGCUGGCCGAGAAUUUCCUCCAGUAUGCGGAGCACUAUUUCCGCGUCCUGAACGACUCGACGGACCCUGACGAGCAGCGCGACCGGCAACGCCAGAACGGCGAGGCGCGCGGCGAGGGCAGGGGCGAGUCCCGCCAGUCCCGCGGCUACGACGAGGGCUACGACGAGGACGGCGAGGACGAGGACGGCCAGGGCACCCAAGCGAACGGGGGCCAGCCGAACGGGGCCGGCCGGGAGCGCGGGCAACGCCGCGACGAACGUCAGCGCCCGCAGGGGCGCCGUGGCGGCCGCGAGGAACGCCAGGAGACGCCGCGCGACGCGGCUGCCGAAGGCAAGGGCGAGGCCGAGGCGGCGCGUGAGGCGAACGGCGAGGCCGGCGAGCCGGGCGAAGAGGAGCGCGGCGGCAAGCCCUUCGAGACGGCGCCGCCCCUGAGCGAGCGGCGGGCCCGCCGCCAGAGCCGCGAGACCACGACACGCAAGGACGAGCGCGGCGGCGUGUUGACCGGGCGCAAGGCGGCAGAGAGCGGUACGGCAGAAAGCGGUACGGCAGAAAGCGGUGCGGCGGAGCGCGGCGAGGAUGGCGGCGCACCAUCCGCCGGCGAGGCCCGCGAGGCCAAGGAAAGCGAGAUCGACGAGGGCCUGCGCAAGAUGCUGAGCGAGCGUCCGCGCCGGGCCACGCGUCAGCGCCGCACGCCGGCCGCCUCGGAGCCGGCGGCGGAGCAGUCGGAGUCGAAUCGUGCGGCGGCGCUGAAGUCCGAGACCGACUCGGACAAGACGGACUCGGACAAGACGGACUCGGGUAAGACGGAGGAGUCCAAGGCGGAGGCGGCCAAACCCGCCAAGCCGGCGCGCAAGCGGCGCACCACCAAGAAGCAGGAGGACGAGGGCGCCAAGGCGGAGGAAUCCGACAACGCCGCGACCUGA